AGGUUUUCCAAAAUAUCUUAUUUUUGCUUGUAAUAAUCACACAUUGAAUCACAAAAAAAUAUUUUAUUUGAAUUUGUCUUUUUCCCAAAAAUUACCUGAAAAAGCAUUUUGAUUGGUUGUCAUAGUGAUCAAUAAACGAAUCCCAGGCUACAUUUAUUUGUGUGUAACAUUCUUUAUCGCAAAAUGGAACUUCGCAAUGAGCUAAUUCGACCUUCUCGCAAUAAGCAUCGUUCAAACGCUGUCACAGCUAUGCGAGUCAUUGAUAGAAGAGAAACUGUGACGCAGUUGGAGCAAAAGUUGGUCAUAAAAAAGAACGAACUUUUACAAGAAGAAGCGAUUUCGUUAGAAAAGCAAAGAGCAAUAAAAGAAAAAAGGGAGCAACUUGAACGCGAAGAAUAUCAGAGUUUGCAACUGUUUCAGUUAAAUGGGAAAGUCCGCGAAUCUGUUUCUCUGGCUCUGGAACAUGAUCUAGAAGAAUGUCGAAAAUUAGACGAUGAACAACAUGCACACUUACUCAAGAUGGAGAACCUUGAAAGCGAAUUAACCGAGUUGACUACCAAACUGGAGUUCUUGCAAAACUAUCAGAACACUAUAUCUGAUGUUGAAGGAUUCGACCGAGUAGUCAGCAAAUUCCAGGAGUUAAAUCAAACGUGGCAAAAUAUGGCAAAUGAAUAUCGUUCAAUUCUAUUCGAUGCAGCAAGGUCAUCGUUCAAGAAGGGUCAUCAAACGGAAAUCCUCAUGCGACAUCUACUUGGAAUUAAUUCAGAUGAUAGUCAACGAGCUACAGAUGCGUCUGAGUCAACAAAUCGCAACAAGACGGCUCGAAACUCUCAAUGGCAAAUUAGUACCAUGGCAGAGUCGUUCAAGCAACACGGUCACACUUAUUUAGCGAUUAUCAAUUUAGCUGCCCACUUGUCCAGUCACCCUAUAGCCCGGACUCUUAUGAGCAUCGGUGAGUCUAAAUCGAAUCUCAAGUCGAUCAAGCCCAGCAAAAGUCACCUUGGGAAGAAAGAGGAGAUGGAGCGGGUUCCUAGUGUCGAGCAAAUUCAUCAGCCGGUGCAGGACUUCAAAGAGCGAUGGAGAACUUUGGCCGCUGCUGCCAUGGGCGAUAGUAGACAAUAUCGUGGCGAAACGGAUGCCUCCGUUUCUUCGGAGAUUGGCAGAACUGCGGACUCGGUUAGUCUUGAAGUGCAGAACAAACUAAGCAAUUUGGCGAAUAUUGAUGACUUCGUGGCAUCGUCGUCUGGUCCUAAACAGUCAGUCAUUAAUAAGGUCGCCGCGAAUAAACUUGGUUUCAUCGAGCAAAUUCUCUACGACCUAACUUUGAUUAAAGACGAGAUUGAGUUUCAUACGGACCCUCUAUAUUACAACGAGCCUGGGCACUCAUUUGCUUAAGAGGGAACAAUUUAAAAUAUUCGACACGUCAAUGUCACCUUAAUUAAAAAAAAUAAUAAUUAUUAGACUAAUUAACAGGUAUAGAUGAAAUGUGACUUACUGAUAGCUGAUUGCUAAAUAAAAUUUGACGAGUGUAUUGUAUUCGAAUAUGUUUCGGUAACACUCAUUCCUUGCGUUUGUUGUAACAGAGAGGAUCAAGAGGGUCUAUAUAGAACUUAGGUAUGGGGAUGAGCUAUAGGUUGGGAGAGAAAUCCCAAAGUUAAUACCUCCCUCUGACGAAGAUUUUUAAAAAAUUAAAAAUUAUUAAAAAAAAAUGGAACAAAUCCAAAUAAGAAAAGUGGCAGAGAAAAAAAGAGCGGAACACGAGGGGAAAUACACGCACGGAAUACU